AUGCCUUGUUACACCUCUUGUCUAUCGACAACUCAUUGGAAGGACCACCUCGACCGAAACCACCCAUUCCUUUCUGCGGUCGAUCGGCACUCAUUCCAUCUAAACCCUCCAGCGCUAUCAUUUCAUCCAACUCUGCUCUGAACUCAUUGCCGCCAUGAGUCACUAUCAGCCUGUCACUUUCCCGGUGGAACUGACCGUCGAGCGGCUAUUGCUCAAGGACGCACUGCGGGCCAUAUUGCACACUAUCCUCUUUCACCGCGUCUUUGCCAACAUCAAACCAAAGGACAUGGAUAUUCUCGAUCUGACCAUCCCUAUCAUUGACGACGACGAAGUCGACAGGCUGGUCGAGGAAAAGAUUGCAGCCUUCAUCAAAGCUGCGGACGUCAAUCCGCAUAGCAAAGGACAGAUCGGAGUUAUGUUCUACGAAAAGCGGACAAAGCGAGCAUGGUUUAGUUCUACAUCGUCAGAAGUCUGCUGGGAGCAAUGGGCGAUUACCAUCAACAUUGUCACCAACACCAACGAGAAAGACAAGCAACGAUCGAUCAAGAACAUGGAAAAGGCACUGUCGUCCUUGUUUCUUAACAUUCUGCGGACAGUCAAUGAGCGCAAGGACCAUAUACCGCCCAUCACCACCAGUGACGGAAAUCCGUUCCCAUAUCAGAUCGUGAUACCUUCAGCUGCAGACACGUGGGGAUCCAUGUUCAAGCGCAUGCUCGACACAUCUGCAUCGUCUUCGCCCAGCAAUUAAUCGACUAGGACUUUUGGAAUCACCAAACACCCACGAAGCACUGUAAUCGAUAGAUCCAACAAUGCUUUUGCUCUUACUCUGUACAACUCUUAUUCUGUACAAUUCUUAAUAUUCCUCCGCUGUGGAAUGGAGAACCCUGCUUAU